AUGUCUAAGACCUGGAAACGUACCGAAUUAUCUCAGCGAGGCUUCUUCUACGAGGAGGACUUGAGAAACAUAGAAACGCAGCCGCUUCCACCUCAUGUCGAAACUCUUCGCCAGUCAAUGCUUGACUUUGCAUGCCAGGAUCAAGCCCCGCCUUCUGGGGAGUGUCUCCAGACCCAAUAUCUGGCUAGCAUAUAUUCUGAUGGUGGAUACCCUGAAGACCGCUGGGAAGACUUUUUCCGAGACACCUUCUUCACUCCACUUGUGAAAGACAUUUCGACCUCACAAGGUAUUUCGCGCAGAGUCUCGCGAUGCAACUACUAUUAUGACGCUAUAGCGUUUAGUACCGACGCUCUCUGGACAACAUUCGGAGAACAGGGGGAAAGAGAUCGAAUUAGAACAACUCCCAAGCCCGACUUUGUCUUCUAUCUUCCAAUGUACCAUCUGACCGCCGAAUCUCCUAUACCUCGAAUCACUGACUACAGAGGUCGGAAAUGGAACGAAGAGCCAACGUCGCCCCUCGUUCAGACGUUCUCAUGGUUGAAUUUUAAGGAACUUUAUGGUCAUGGCUUGCGGCCCUCCCCUUUCAAUGUUUUUGAUAAAAAGGAACCCUUGGAAGCAGAUUUGAAAUCCUAUCCCUGGCUUGUUGUUGAGUAUAAAAAUGGCAAGAAAGCCCUGAGAGAAAGCGAACGAUUGGGACAACUGGAGACUGCUUGCUGCCAAGCACUUAACGCCAGCGCAUGUGCAGUCAGAUUAAACCAGAUCGCCGCGAGGUAUGCCGUUGAGCGGCCUAAGGAAACGCAUAUUCCUCCAAUUCCAGCCGUCACCACAGUCGGAACUGAGGCCAUGGUCUGGAUAACGUAUUCUGCGAAAGAUUUCACGGCAUCACAUAACACAAGCUAUUACCGACGACAGCAACAAGGUUACAUGAUGCAAUGUAUCUGGAAGGGAGACAUGACUAAGAUACGUGAUAUCAUGGAAUUCCGACUUAUACUUGAAAACACGUACACUUGGGCCAUGCGUGUGUUCAGGCAUCAGAUAAGUGUAUUUAUCGACCAAUGGAGUGUUGUCCACUGCAGUGCUGAACCCGACUUCACAAAUGCGGCAAUGGCCCGACGAGAUGAGUCAACAGGUCUCUCUAGGGGCUCAGUUACAAUGAUUCAUAGCUGGUUAGAUCGCCAGUCAAGUGUUGACCUUGACGACAGAUCAAAUACUCCCUUAACGCCAACAAUGGUGGGUAUUCUUGUUCAAAACAUAUGUUCUGCGGAACGGAAGAAACUCACCAAAGACAUGGAGCGCCUUCUCACGGAGAAGAUUAGAGAAUUGGACCUUGCAAAGAGAGAAUCUACACCCGCUGGACCAGCGCGCAGAACAAGUGGGCAGUUACAGGCACGCUUAGACAGCGAGCAAGCUCAGCAAACAAGUCAUGUCACGGCUGUAAACGACGAUGACUUUGAAGAUAAUAGCCCCGCGGACCUAGAGCUUUUGAGUCCUGGCAGUACUCUUUCUACUCCACCGACCGGUCUUCGGCGAAGCCUUCGAUUGAUCGAAAAAGCCGCUUCACAGCCCAGUACUCCGUCUGGUAGCCAAACCAUACAAGCUUCCAGUGUGAGCGUCAGCGCAAGGAAGGAUGCAGUACGUGGCAAGACUCCCAAGACUCCCAAGACUUUUAAGGUCCCCAAGAUUCUCAAGACUCCCGAAGCACGACCACGCCGGGCUUUAGAGCCUGUGCCAGUCAUUGAAAUCUCAAGCGGAUCUGAGUCUUCAGAUGACCCAGAUGCCGGGGAUAUCCCUGCCUACUCACCUUCAAGUACAUGCUCAACCUUCUUUACGGCGAGCGAGGGAAGAUCCGUGGUAGGCUCAAUGGGUUCACCCUCAGUUCGUGGAUCGAUGGGUCCUCCUCCUCUAAUUCGCAGCUCAAUGGGUCCUCCCCCAUUGCGUGCCAUAAUGAAAACGCUUGCCAGUAACAGUCCAAGGGGCCCACCUUCUGUGGCCAGUUCUGUGGAUCCUCUCGUUGAUUCUAGGAAUAUUGACGAUUGGGGUCAAGCUGCACAGCGAAAUGUACGAACAGUCUUUCCAGACACAUGCCCCAGGUGGUUCCCAUUCUCGUUUGGCGUUUUUCAAUCCUACUAUUACACCCAUGAGCUCUUCGCUGGAUCAGCUGGCAUAGCAUCGAUUGGUACAUGCGCCAUGGGAAUCAUGUACUUUGCCUUCCCAAUCGCCGUCGCCCUUCAAAGGCUUCACCCGCGUAUUGCUCGUUUGGCUCCAGCAUCAGGGUGUCUAGCUCUAAGUAUCACACUGGUACUCUCCUCCUUCUCACAGAACGUAGGGCAUCUCAUCAUCACACAAGGUGUCCUCUAUGCCUUUACAGGAUCAUUGGCCUAUUGUCCCUGUAUGGCUUGGCUCGAGGAAUGGUUUGUGCAGCGCAGGAGUCUUGCCUUUGGUAUUAUGUGGUCGGGUUCAAGCACGGGUGGUGUUGUGAUCCCUCUGCUGUUGGACAGUCUCUUGCAGAGAUUCGGCUUUAGAACGACAUUGAGGAUCUGGGCUGUUAGUCUUUUCGUAUUGUCUUUACCCGCCUUUUUCUUUGUUAAGCCUAGGAUUUCUGCCAGCUCCGCCGGUGCCACGAGACUAAACAUCAAGAUUGGGUUCAUCUACGACCGAAGUUUCAUCAUCUACCAGACCGCAAACGUCAUCGAGUCCCUUGGUUUCUUUCUCCCUGCUAUUUAUCUUCCCACCUAUGCCCAAUCAGUCCUGCAUGCCAGUCCAUUUCUAGCCGCAGUCACUGUCAUGAUCGUCAAUGGUUUUAGUGCCUUUGGAAUAUUCCUCAUGGGCUCAAUGGCAGACAAAUGGCACAUUACCACAUGUAUUUUCCUUUCCACGAUUGGCGCUGUACUAGCAACCUUUCUCCUUUGGGGCUUUGCUGGUAAAUUGGCAAUUCUCUACAUUUUUUGCGUUUUUUAUGGUCUGUUCGCGGGUGCUUUCAGCGGAACGUGGCCAGGCGUUUCUCGGCAAAUAGCUACUUCCACUCGAUAUCGCGGGACAUCGUCUGAUGAUUUCUCUUUCGACCCUGUCAUGAUAACGGGUUUCUUGAUCGCUGGGCGAGGAGUCGGAAAUAUUGCCUCAGGGCCACUCAGUGAGGCCUUAUUCUCAGCCGUUCGAGCGCAAAGUUCAAGUACCUGGGGUUUGGGUGGUUAUGCUGCUAUCAUUGUCUUCACUGGCAUCACAGCAUUCGGAGGCGGAACAUCGUUCAUAUGGAAGAGUUUGGGUUGGAUUUAA